UUUAAUACUUUUUGUCUCUAUUACAUCUCCCCAUUUUCUCCCCCUUUUCACGGUUCACUUUUUUUGUGAUUCCCUUUCAUGACUCCCUAUGGCUUCACACUCAUAGUUUUGCUGUUCAACCCUUCGACCACUAUGCAAUAGCUUGCUUCCCAGACUUGAUGCCUUCCCUGUGGUCAAUCCUUUGUGGUUCAGGAACAUUUUGUGUCAUUGUGUGCUUUUCACUGAAUAUGGGACCUAUUUGAAUGAACUUAUCCUUUUCAACAGGCCAUCGGGGUACAUAGAUUGUGAUUAGCAGUUUGGUUUAAAAAAUUGUAGAGGAUCACAUUUUGUCGUGGUGCAUGCUGUAAAAUAAUGUGAAGAGGCGGUAGGGUUACCAUGCUUUUAAGUGGGACAGGUGGUUAGGUGCUCCAAUCAAUGUAGUAGUAAAUCACCUAACAAACAUGGGUCGCAGAUGGGUUGUGUGUGAGUCGAAGGGUUAACAAUCCCAUGUGACCUUGAGCAUAAUUAUUAGGGGAAAGUGCAGUGUUCUCAUUUUGUAGCAAAUGAGGAAGAGGGAUAAAAGAUUAUGGGUGUAAUUCACCUGUCAAUAUACGUUUGGUAGUUCUCAAGUAGUGAUGCUCAUAGAUUCAGAGCUUUAUGUGCCAAGGCAGCAGGGCUGUCCUUGGCUUGGUUAACCCAGAGGCAUCAUUGUCUAAGGAUAUAGAGAGGAAAUUUUUCUGUCUGUACAGGGUUUUCUGUUAAAUUUUGUUCAUAAAACCUAUUUACACACAGCCUUUGUGUCUCAGCAUAGAGCACUCCGAGGCAAGUUAAUUUAAACAUAAUAUAUGGCUAGCUUUUCUCACUGAUCUGAUGAUCAGGAUUUCUUUAAUGGUGAUUCUUUUAUCUUGCUUGCCAUGAAUCACCUUUUAAUGGUUCUGUCAGGCUCUUUCCUAGAGCAUAGUAAUAUUUACUAUGUAUGUUGAAAGACCCUUAAAGUUUUAUCCAUUUUUUUGUAUCAUCACUUCCUCUGAAAAUAUGAUCUGAGAAUGGCCAGGUUUGGUCUAGAUUAGGGCGUAAUCUAAAGCCUGCAUGUAGAGAGAGCUCUUUGUACAAAGUUGUUGUGUAAAUAUAUUUUUAUUUUACAACUCUCUCUGUAAAAUAGAAAUAUGUUAUCAAGAAAAAUGUGUACCACAAUACCACAGGCCCAUACUAACUGUCCUUAAUUUCUCUCCUACAGCAGUACUGCUUUGCCAGUCCUGUACUGCACUCUGUUAAGGGUGCAGCAACUCAUCCUGUGUAGGUUAUGGGGAACACAGAACUGUGCACUUGUCAGUUUGGUCAGGGUCCACUGGCUACUUGUUUGACUGGGGCCUGUGAGGGGAAUCAGAUGCAGCCCAGCUACAUUGCAACUGGAAAAUUAAAAUCCAAAUUAUAAUUAUGUGAUUAUAUUCAAUCAGUUAUCUUUGUCUUGAAAAGGAAGUCAAGAUCUAAAUUUUUCUAAAUUUGAUUAGGGCUAUUAUGAGUCACAAUUUGCAUUGUGAAUCUGUCAUAUUUCUGAGGAGCAAGUGUAAUUACAGUUGGGGUUUAUUUUACUAUAAUAUUUGCCUCAUUUUAUACUUGAAUUCAAAGGUAGAAACUCAUGUUUUUGAUUUGUUCUGUGAUGAUGCCAUUUCUAGAUCUAGCUUGAAAAUCUUGACUUCAUUCUUAAUCUCCUUGUUUGAAUAAUUGGGAAUCUGGACCACAUGGUCUCUUAUCAGCUUUUUUCUAGUUGUAUGGUUAAGCCCCAAGAAGAUACUUUGUUUUUUUGAGUACCAUAAAUCAAUGCAACACAGGUGGUAUACUGUUGUGUGUGAGUUCAAACCCUUUUCCAAAGUGUUACUAAUGGUAAAGAGAAAUUUUCUAGGCUUCUUUUCUGCCGGUUGAAGUCUGACUGCAGAAGGACCCUUGGCACUGAAAGUGGGGCAAAACGCCGGACCCCAAGCUGCAGGUCAGGUCGUACGUGGACGUCAUGUUGGAGCAGAACCUGUCCAAAGAGGAGAGAGAGAUUCGUCAGCAGCUGGCAGAGAAGGCCAAAUCAGGGGACCUGAAAGCAGUCAACGGGUCCGCUGCCAGCCAAGCUGUCGCAAAACGUAAGCGUCGCUGGGACCAGACAGCUGAUCAAACUCCUUCCAAUGCAACACCCAAAAAGAUGUCCAGCUGGGACCAGGCUGAUGCCUCUGCUGAGACUCCAGGACACACUCCUGCACACACACCUUCAAAUAGUCGAUGGGAUGAAACACCUGGCCGACCUAAAGGCAGUGAGACUCCGGGUGCCACUCCCAGUACCCGCAUGUGGGACCCUACUCCUAGCCACACACCAGCCGGCGCUGCCACCCCUGGCAGAGACACGCCAGGCCAUGCCACACCAGGCCACGGUGGAGCUACAGGAAGUGUACGUAAGAAUCGCUGGGAUGAAACUCCCAAAACAGAGAGAGAGACUCCUGGACAUGGGAGCGGCUGGGCUGAAACACCUCGCACAGACAGAGGAGACGAGUCGGUGGGUGAGACUCCAACCCCAGGGGCCAGUAAGAGAAAGUCUCGUUGGGAUUUAACACCUGCCAGUCAGAUGGGAUCCUCCACACCUCUGCUGACACCAGGAAAAACACCCAUAGGAACACCUGCAAUGAACAUGGCAACACCAACACCAGGGCACCUGAUGAGCAUGACUCCAGAGCAGUUACAGGCCUGGAGGUGGGAGAGGGAAAUAGAUGAGAGGAAUCGGCCUCUUACAGAUGAGGAGCUUGAUGCCAUGUUCCCAGAGGGAUACAAGGUCUUGCCUCCACCAGCAGGGUAUGUGCCGAUUCGUACUCCUGCCCGUAAGCUGUCUGCUACACCCACCCCUAUUGGAGGAAUGACAGGGUUUCACAUGCAGGCAGAGGACCGGACCACAAAACAGAUGAAUGAUCAACCCUCAGGAAACCUCCCAUUCCUCAAACCUGAUGACAUUCAGUAUUUUGAUAAACUUCUGGUGGAGGUGGAUGAGUCCACACUUAGCCCUGAAGAACAGAAAGAGAGGAAAAUCAUGAAAUUGCUGCUGAAAAUAAAAAAUGGGACACCCCCCAUGAGAAAGGCUGCUCUGCGUCAGAUCACAGAUAAAGCUCGUGAAUUUGGAGCAGGUCCCUUGUUCAACCAAAUUCUUCCACUGCUCAUGUCACCCACCCUUGAGGACCAGGAGCGCCAUCUGCUGGUUAAAGUUAUUGACCGCAUUCUCUACAAAUUGGAUGACUUGGUUCGACCAUAUGUGCACAAGAUCCUUGUGGUGAUUGAGCCUUUACUGAUUGAUGAGGACUACUAUGCCAGAGUAGAAGGCAGAGAGAUUAUCUCCAAUUUAGCAAAGGCUGCUGGAUUGGCUACAAUGAUUUCCACAAUGCGACCUGAUAUUGACAACAUGGACGAGUACGUCAGAAACACCACAGCCAGAGCCUUUGCCGUGGUGGCCUCUGCCCUGGGGAUUCCCUCUCUCCUGCCCUUCCUCAAGGCUGUGUGUAAAAGCAAGAAGUCCUGGCAGGCGAGACACACAGGCAUUAAGAUUGUCCAGCAGAUCGCUAUCCUCAUGGGCUGCGCCAUUCUGCCGCACCUUCGUAGCUUGGUGGAGAUUAUCGAACACGGUUUGGUGGAUGAGCAGCAGAAGGUGAGGACCAUCAGUGCCUUGGCUAUAGCUGCUCUUGCUGAAGCUGCUACACCUUAUGGUAUUGAGUCCUUCGACUCAGUCCUCAAGCCACUCUGGAAGGGUAUCAGACAGCACAGAGGAAAGGGUUUGGCUGCAUUUCUCAAAGCUAUUGGCUAUCUGAUCCCAUUGAUGGAUGCUGAGUAUGCCAACUACUACACCAGGGAGGUGAUGUUGAUCCUCAUCAGAGAGUUCCAGUCUCCUGAUGAGGAGAUGAAAAAGAUUGUGCUUAAGGUGGUAAAGCAGUGCUGUGGAACUGAUGGUGUGGAAGCCAAUUACAUCAAGACUGAGAUCCUGCCCCCCUUCUUCAAGCACUUCUGGCAGCAUAGGAUGGCUCUGGACAGACGCAACUACAGACAGUUGGUGGAUACCACAGUGGAGCUGGCCAACAAAGUGGGAGCAGCAGAGAUCAUUUCUCGCAUUGUGGACGACCUGAAGGAUGAGGCAGAACAGUACAGAAAAAUGGUGAUGGAGACCAUUGAAAAAAUUAUGGGCAACCUGGGUGCAGCUGACAUUGAUCACAAGCUGGAGGAACAGUUGAUCGACGGCAUCCUCUAUGCCUUCCAGGAACAGACGACAGAGGACUCAGUGAUGUUGAAUGGUUUUGGUACAGUGGUGAAUGCCCUUGGGAAGCGUGUGAAACCCUACUUACCACAGAUCUGUGGUACAGUCCUGUGGCGUCUGAACAACAAGUCAGCCAAAGUCCGUCAGCAGGCUGCUGACCUCAUCUCCCGUACAGCGGUGGUCAUGAAGACUUGCCAGGAGGAGAAAUUGAUGGGUCACUUGGGUGUGGUGUUGUACGAGUACCUGGGAGAAGAGUACCCUGAAGUGCUGGGUAGUAUCCUGGGAGCUUUGAAGGCCAUUGUUAACGUUAUUGGCAUGCACAAGAUGACUCCACCAAUCAAAGACCUGCUUCCUCGUCUAACUCCCAUUCUCAAGAACAGACAUGAGAAGGUGCAGGAGAACUGUAUUGACCUGGUGGGAAGGAUUGCUGACAGGGGUGCUGAAUAUGUGUCAGCCAGGGAGUGGAUGAGGAUUUGCUUUGAACUGCUGGAGCUGCUCAAAGCUCACAAAAAAGCCAUCCGCAGAGCCACUGUCAACACAUUUGGUUACAUCGCCAAGGCCAUCGGUCCCCAUGAUGUCUUAGCCACUUUGCUCAAUAACCUAAAGGUCCAGGAGCGUCAGAACAGAGUCUGUACGACCGUGGCCAUUGCCAUUGUUGCCGAGACCUGCUCGCCAUUCACUGUCCUACCUGCGCUCAUGAACGAAUACCGUGUGCCUGAGCUUAACGUGCAGAAUGGCGUACUUAAGUCCCUGUCCUUCCUGUUUGAAUACAUCGGAGAGAUGGGUAAAGACUAUAUCUAUGCCGUCACACCCCUGCUGGAGGACGCACUAAUGGACAGAGACUUGGUCCACAGACAGACAGCGAGUGCAGUUGUCCAGCACAUGUCACUGGGGGUCUACGGGUUUGGCUGUGAGGACUCCCUCAACCACUUGCUGAAUUAUGUGUGGCCCAAUGUGUUUGAGACAUCGCCUCACGUAAUCCAGGCUGUUAUGGGUGCCUUGGAAGGUCUGAGGGUUGCAAUUGGACCGUGCCGCAUGCUUCAGUACUGCUUACAGGGUCUGUUCCAUCCAGCCAGGAAAGUGAGAGAUGUCUACUGGAAGAUUUAUAACUCCAUCUACAUCGGCUCACAAGAUGCCCUCAUCGCCCACUACCCACAAGUCAACAACGACGAGAAAAAUAUUUACGUCCGUUAUGAGCUGGAGUAUGUCUUGUAA